AUGACUGCAAUCGUUGAUACUCAUUUUUCUCCUAUCAACAACAUUCAACCGUUAAAUAAUCGAGUUGAUGUUCUGAUCGAUGAAGAUCUACGAGCAAUAGAAUCGAUCUAUUCGUAUUGGUUUGGUGAAAAUAUUAAUACAUGGUCGAAAACGUAUCCAUUAAAUACAAAAUUAUGGUUUAGAGUCGAUGAAAAAGUUGAUCAAGAAAUCAAGGAUAAAUUUGAACAAUAUUUAGCCAGUGCUACAAUACCCGAUAGCGCUCUUUAUCAACGUUGGCAAACAACUCAUCGUGGUAAACUCGCAUUGAUCAUUUUAUUAGAUCAAUUUCCUCGAAAUAUCUAUCGUGGUACAGCAAAAAUGUUUGAAUUCGAUCGAUUAGCACUACAAUUGACUCUUGAUAUCAUUCAAGAUUCAAAGCAUGUCACAAUUUACAGUUUACCUGAACGAAUGUUCAUCUAUUUACCAUUAGUACACUCUGAAGAACUUGUUCAUACGACAAAAGGUGCUGAUCUCAUGAAUGAUCUCGUCACCGAAGUUACUCAACGUGAUCUACGUCGACGAUAUGCUGCCAAUGCACGUGCAGCUCGAAAUCAUCAGCAAGUCAUUGAAUCAUUCGGCCGUUAUCCCCAUCGAAAUCAAUUACUCGAUCGAAAAACAACCGCUGAUGAAGAAAAAUAUUUGAAAGUUGCACGAAAUGGAUUUGUACAAUCCGUUCAAAUAGCACAAACGAAACCGAAUUCACAGAAUUGUACCGUUACACAUGAAGUUCCAUGUUUGAUACCAUCGACAGGUCCACUAUUAAAGAUUCUUGUUCUUCACGGUUUUCAUCAGAAUUCGAACAGUUUGAAACGAAGUGCAAAAAAACUAUUCAAACAACUGAAAGAUGUUGCCACGUUCUAUUUCGCCAAUGCUCCAUUACCUUACAACCCAAGUGGUGAAGUUAAAGAACAAUUAUUAGCCGCCUUCGGCGACGGAAACAUGCCUGACAUUGGCUACCAACGACAAUGGUGGAAUGCAUCGAAAGAUAGCAAAUUUUAUCAUCAUCUAGAUGUUUCCUUACAUUAUAUCGAUCAAUUAUUCAAAUCAGAAGGGCCUUUCGAUGGUGUUUUGGGUUUUGCGCAAGGUGCGUCGCUUGGUGGAAUCUUAUCUGGUUUACAACCGUUUGGAAACGUUUCAUUCGAAUUCGCCAUAUUGAUUUCUGGAUUUGCAUCACGCGCGGAGAGUCACGAACAACUGAUGAAAUCACAGGCGAUAAAAAAUGUUGCAUCGUUACAUAUCUAUGGAAUUAAUGAUGUUUUGAUUAAUAACGAUCGAUCAUUGAAAUUAGCAGAGGCUUUUGAAAAUCCAUUGAUUAAAUCUCAUUCGGGUGGUCAUUUCACGCCAAACACCUGGCCGAACAACGACAUUCGACAGUUUCUACUUGAACAACAAAGUCGUCUGUCCAAUAAGAUCGAGACGCGGGACAACCCUAGCACACAGCAAACUCAAAUGUUGAGAACGUUCGAAGAAAAGCUGGAAGCGACUAUUUCAUAUCAUCAGAAACAAGUUUCCGCAUUACCCGCAAUAGAACGAAAACAGAAUAAAUUGCCUAUUGUACCAAUCGGUCUACCGGCUUCGAUCGAUUCUUCGAAACCUCUCCAAGAACUUAUCGAACAUGUUGAUACUUAUCUUCUCGAUGAUGUGAUGUUACUUGUCUGGUGUCAACGAACGACAUUCCACAAUAGUGAAUCGAAAGAUGUGCAAGGUACCAUCGCGCCGUUCUUUCGAUAUUGGACAUUGCUUUACUUGAAAAAACCGGCGCAAGUUCUUUCGUCGUAUAUAGAUCUCGUGCCGAAAUAUGGCAGUUGGUCGGAUUUGAAGAAUUUGUAUUUGUCCGUUCUGGAAAUGGAAAAAGAAUUUUCUGCUGAAAAGACAUCGCUGGAUAACCUGAAAUAUGCAUGUGUGAAGAUAUUUGGUGAACAAUUGAAACGUGAUUCCCGAGCAGUACUAAAUCAACCAGAUGAAUUAGCUAAUGAGCAAGAAGAACAAAUGAUGACUAAAAAUCAACAAUGGAUUAGCAAUUGUGCAAAAGAAGCACCACGCAUUGCGAAUAAUCCUACAAAUCCAAGUACAAUUAUGGCAAAGGAAAUAGCUAAGUAUAUGAAUCCGAUCGAUACUACAGGCACUAAAAGUGAAAAACAACAACAGGCGGAUAAAGGUUUUUGCUAUCAAAUUUAUAAACGAUUGAUAUCGUCGGUAUGCCAUGUGCUGGAAAAAGCAUCACCUAAUUUCGUAAAUGAACAAGUCCGUUCACGAAGUCGAAAAGAUCGCGCUUUUCGAUAUACGAAAGAACAACGAGAACAACUAUUGAAUGCUCCGCCAUCAUCAUACAUUGCGAAUCCGGAGCCGGAACCUGUUGUCCCAUGUUCUUUGGAAGACUUACAACCGCUGCUAGAACAUUUGGUAAUGAAUAAACCAGGACCAGGCGAAGACAAUCAAUCGAUUGUCUUCUCACGUGGUGCUAUCAUGACGGGUGGACGAUUAGAUUUAUGUAAACAAGUUGUUGGUCCAAAAGGCAUACAACCAUUGCUCGAGGCAAUGAAAUGUAGUUCCGUUGUUAAUCGAUUAUUAUUGGGAAAUAAUAUCGUUGGUCGUCCAGGUGCUGAAGCAAUUUCAGCAUAUAUUCGUUAUAACACAGAUUCCAACAUCGAUACAUGGUAUAUUGCUGGAAAUAAUUUCGAUGGUGAUUGUAUGUCGUUAAUAUGUGAUGCAUUAGCAACAGAUACCAAAGUCAAAGCACUUUGGCUAAAACGUAAUCCGAUAUUAUCAUCUGGUGUUGUUCAUAUUGCUCACAUGUUAACAACAAAUCACUAUUUACAAACAUUAGAUCUACUCAACACUGGUUUACUCGAUGAAGGCUGUGAAAUCUUAUUCAAUGCCUUUCAAUCCAAUCGAACAUUGAAGCAUUUAUAUAUUGACACAAAUGGCUUGACAGUUAAAAGCGGACGUGUUAUUCGUUUACAUUUCGAACAACAUGACAACCAUUUAGAAUCGUUGUAUAUGUCGUGCAAUGCAUUAGGUGACGCAGGUGCGUGCGAAAUUGCUCUUGGUCUUAAACAUGAUCAACGUUUGAAACGAUUGGGUCUUGCAUCGAAUUGUAUUGGCGUUGAUGGUGCGCGUGCGCUAGUGGAUGCUUUAAUUUCACAUCCAUCACUCCAACAAUUAAAUCUCGGUUACAUGAAAGCAACUAUUUUACUUGGUGGAUUAGAUAACGUUCUUGGCGAUGAAGGAGCAACAGAAAUUAGCCGAUUGAUUCGAUUGAAUCAUCAUAUUCGGUCCAUUGAUUUGACAUUCAACGGUAUUUCACAACGUGGUUUGAUGCAAUUGAAAGAUGCGUUGAAAGAAAAUCAAACUUUAACAACAUUGAAAGUACUGCAAUUUGCACAGGUACAUAACGAGAUAACGAAAGAAGAGAUUAGUACAAAACUUGAACAGAACAAAGUCGAAUGGGGUAAACAAAUGCUCGGCACGGAUUCGUUAACGAAAGAGGAAUAUUUACGAAAAGGACAACAACUUAAUGAUGAUAUCAACUUCCCUGAACAUGUCAUGGAAAUUAUUAGUUAUUAUCGAACACAUUAA